AUGGAAGAACCAAUAAAGAUCCUGUAUCUUCACAUUUACGAAGAUACUAAAACGAAAAAAAUUAGAAAACUAUUGGAAGAGAAUUACGGGAAGGAUAACGUAAUUUCUUCUAAGGACAAGUCAAGAGUUGUGGACAUUAUAAUCCUAGUCGUCAUAUACUUAUUGUGCUUGUGUUGUAUUUUCCUCAUAUUUCAUUUACUUUUUACAAACAUCCCACAUAUCUACAUGCUAAUUAUGCCAUGCUUUUUCGUUACAAUGGGUAUUUUUUUUAUUGCCUCGACGAUUAUUUACGAGAUUUUGUAUCGCCGUUGUUUGGGGAAGGCCAACAAGCUGUUCGAUACGCUGAAGCCGAAUGUCAUUGUGGGGUAUCAGUUCGGGUGCAUUUUGGCCAUGCACCUGUCUGGCGCACGCAUUCCGAUGGUGUUAGUAUCCCCCGUGCAAGAAAACAUCUUUUCCUCGAAGAUAAGGAAGACUAUAAACAUAGGCGACUACCCAUACAUCAUAUUUGUCCACUCCACGAAGGAUACUAAACGGAACCUAAGCAAGACUUUAGAACUUGUAGAGUCGAUCAAUAGGCAAAACUGCCGAGUCGAGAUAGUAGAGGAAGGACACAACUUGGAGUUGAUGAGCGCAUCCGACUACAAGAACUGGGUGGACGAGGUGUACGCGCAAGGGCAGGAGGUUGGCAAAAACGCGGCCCCCAGCAGCACCACGGUUGAGGAGUCUAUGUUUAAAAGUGAAGAGUAG